AGCGCGCUCGAGAAUGAAGAGGAUCCGUCGUCCGUUUCGUAGGGAUUUAUAGCAAUGCGGCAGCGGUCAGGGAGUCACAAUCUUCUCCCUGAAUCCAUGGCUCCUCCAGCACCGUGCGCGCGCGAGAAAGCUUGAAUCCCUGCAAGAGGAGAAGGGAGAGUGUCUAUAAGCAUGUGUCUCUCCGGCAAUGGCCUCCGUAGCCUCAUCGUUGGAGUGGUAUGGCUUGAGCGCGAGGAUGAGAGUAGCAGCGCCGUCCAGGGAUUUUGGCGGAGGAGGGCGGCGAGGAUUUGGAAGCAAGAGCGUAAGGAUCGUAACACGAGAAUGCGUUGCGAUGCCUAGAAAUUUUGGAUGUCCUUGUUCUUCGUCCUCCAAGCUGCCACCAUCUCGUUUUGUAGGUGACGAGCUCACGCUUAAGCGGCAUUUGAGAUCUAAGACUUUGGCAUCCGGGAGUUCUAGGGACAAGGACAAUGAAAACCGGCCAUCUUUUCCAAUUGCCAAGCCUUUCGAGAGCGUGGCGGAGUUUAGCGACAAUUUCCUCGACCGUGUGAGUAGCUAUAUUUUCAGGAGGCUGCGGACGCUCUUUAGUCCGUACUUCCCGAAAAACUUCGACAUUUUCAGCUGGCUGCCCGUGAAAAUCCACUCGCGUCUCCACAGCAGCGAAUAUCUUGCUAUUAUUUUCGUGCGCGAAGCAUUGAUUUUUGGAUUCUUUUAUGUUGUCUUCAUCAAAGUCGACUCCUUUUGUCGGUGGCUGAAUAAGCUGUACAUAAGGAACACAAAGCCGGAGCAGCAGGAGGUACAAAGUGAAGACUAUGAAGACUCCAGCUUUACAGCAGUGAGGGGUCCGAUCAAGUUAACAGUUUUGUUAUGGGCUUCCACAAGAUUUGUCAACGUACUUACACCGCUCAAGGUUGGUCACUAUGUGAUCGGGAAAGUCCGAGCCAUUGGCCUCGUUGUUGCUGUGAUAUGGUUUUUACUUCGCUGGAAGCGAAUUAUGGUUGAUCAUCUUGCUUCAAAGUCGAGAAUUGAUGCGCCUCGUGUUGUUGCAAUCGACAAGGUGGCUUCGUUGUUUCUAUAUUUUUUGGCAGCAUCAAGUAUUGCUGAAGUUUGUGGGUUUGCAUUGAGCUCGUUGCUGGCUGUCGGUGGUAUAUCUGGUUUGGCCGUCGGUCUGGCUGCAAAGGAGAUUGUAAGCAACGUUUUUGGCGGGGCUAUUCUUUUCAUGACACGACCAUUCGUUAUUGGAGAGCGGAUAAAGGCUGGCUCUUUCUCGGGAGAAGUCCAGGACAUUGGCUUUCUUCAAACCAAGCUACUUGGUUUUGACAAAGUUCCCGUACUCGUUCCCAAUCAAGCCUUUAUCAACCAGGUGAUUAUCAAUUACUCCAGGGCAAAGGACAAGCUGCUUGAGGCAACAUUUCAAGUCAGAAACCAGGACAUCUUCUUGAUCGAGAAGAUAACUAACCGCGUUGUCCAGUACUUGCGGUGGCACAAGGAAGUCGACAAGGGAAGCCAGCCUCCAAUGUGCUACCUUAAGUCCAUGGGAUCGCUCGGCCUCGACAUAGGACUUCUUUGUAUCAUUCGAGCUCCGGGAGGUCCAUCUUUCUUCAAAGCGCAGCAAGAGAUUUUGAUUCAAGUAGCUCACAUAAUCACUGAGGAGGGGGCAUGCUUAGGCACGAGUGGACCAUUCAUGCCUGUUGUUCCAGAGCAAACUCCUCCUCCCGAGGGGGAGCAACCACGACCACCCGAGACCAAGAUUUCAUAGCUUUCAACUUUUGUACACUGUAAAUAGGAAGUUAUAUAUCAUGCGAAAUAAAUAAACUGGUUUGGUUUUGCUAAUAUAAUAUGCACAUUUUUGUA